AUGCCGAACUCUCCCAUCAAAACUGUCUGGCAACUUCAGACCUUGGCGUCUGCCGAGCGCUUCAUCUCUUCAGAAAAUGUAUCAGCGCAACUUUCUCUACAGAACUAUGUCUCUAAUGAAUUCGAUACUUCUUCACCAGCCAAUUACGUUGAUUCCAUAAAUCCCAAGACAGGCAGAUCUUUUGCUCGGGUCCCGAUCAGCAGCACUGCUCAGGUUGACCACGCCCUGCAGGCUGCUACUGAUGCGUUCAAAACAUGGUCUAAAACCACAGCAUCCUUCAGAUCCAAGCUUCUCGAGCGUGUGGCGUGUUUGAUCGAGAAAAAUAAAGAACCUCUUGCAGUUUGGGAGAGUAUAGAUCAAGGCAAGACUCUUGCCAGGGCGAGAGUUGAAGUCGAUCGGGCUGCGACGAAUUUCAGAUACUUCUCAACUUUCAUUCUGCACCAAGAGAACGCUGUACGGAUGAUUGAUGGCGUCGCUCUCACCUACGAGCACCGCUCACCAACGGGCGUGUUUGCGCUCAUCUCUCCCUGGAACAUGCCCUUGUACUUACUAACCUGGAAGAUCGCACCGUGUCUUGCCUUUGGCUGCACAGCAGUCGCGAAACCUUCAGAGUUCACCUCCAUGUCUGCAUUCCUGCUCUGCGAGAUAUUUCGGCUUGCAGAGAUUCCACCUGGUGUUAUCAACAUAGUCUUCGGUGACGGAGCUACUACAGGCUCUCGACUCGUACAGAGCUCGCUAGUCAAGGGCGUCUCUUUCACUGGCAGUACAGCGACGGGAAUCAAGAUCCGAAGAGAUACGGCGGACCAGAUCUAUAAACAUAUUUCUCUCGAGUUGGGUGGCAAGAACCCAACUUUGGUGUUUGAUGAUGUGGAUCUUGAGAAGGCAGUACAAACCGCAGCAACAGCGGCGUUUGAGAAUCAGGGAGAGAUCUGUUUAUGCGGUUCUCGCAUUUACGUCCAGUCCCGUAUCUACGAUUCAUUCGUCACUUCACUCAAAGCAUAUGUCGAGUCUAAUUACAAAUGUGGCGAUCGUACAGGCGCUGUAGCCUCGUUACAGCAUUAUAGCAAAAUCGUAUCAUAUCUCACACUGGCAAAAGAGGAGAAUGCCACUUUCAUCACAGGAUCUGUGCCGCCUCUCGAGCCCAGCGACGGCUAUUGGGUAGAACCAGUGAUCUUAACCAACGUCAGCACCUCGUCACGAAUCAUGCAAGACGAAAUAUUCGGCCCCGUCGUCACUGUCACCAGGUUUGAAACCGAAGAAGAGUGUGUCCAGCUGGCGAAUGAUAGUGCGUAUGGACUUGCUGCCGUUCUCUUGACAAAGGAUGGUGCACGGAUGAGACGCGUCGUGGAUGAAAAAUCAGUUGAUAUAUACGUUGAUUCCAAACAUUUCCGAACUGUCCAAGACAACUGUUUUGACCCGAAAGUACGCCUAAGGGACAUGGACCAGUCUGGUGUCCAUGUCCAGGUCUUGAGUACAGUUCCGAUUCUAUUCUUCUACGACAAGCCGGGCAAAAUGGUCGCCCAAUUAGCCCGGGCGCUCAAUGAUCAUCUGUCGCAGGUGUGCACAGAAUACCCGACCAGAUUUGUUGGCCUUGCGACGGUUCCACUGCAAGACGUGCAAGCAUCUGUGGAAGAGCUGAAGAGAGCAAAAUAUACCCUCGGACUAAAGGGCGUCGAGAUCGGAACGACAGUUGGUGAUAUGAACCUUGACGACCCCAGAACAGGUGCUACUGAUAUCGAUCGAAUCACGUUAAAGCAUGUGGUUGGUCAAAUUGAGCAGAGCUACCUCCAGUGCCGGUUGUCCAAUAAAGAUGAGCCAACCCUCGCUAACAUUACACCUGCAGGGACGGCACUCAGGGCCCUCAAACAAGAUUACGACACUCUGCAAGCCCGUGAAGCUAGCCAAAGCAAACUGAUCGACCUCCUGACCUCACUUCCCGAGGCAGAAGCCCAGCAUAUCCUGUCCAGAAUGCGAUCUGGAACUCCUGCAGAGACAAUUCUCAAUCAGGUCAUGGCGGCUGAUGCGCUGGUGCAGCUCGCUGUUGCGCCAGAAAGUCGGCUUCGAUAUAAACUCUUAUACAAAACUAAAAUGCCUCAGGAGUUGCUUCACAACAACCCAUAUCUGGACACCCUCAUAUACGAGGGUGCCUCACUCUACUCUCAAGACAAUAUUUCGUCACCCUCGGAAUCUUCCAGAGUACAGGAUGCAGGUACACCAAGCAAAGCAAAUGCACACUCAACAGCAUACUUGAUGCCGUUCCAUGCGGCACAUGUUGUCGAUCCACUUCUCAGCAAUGCCAAACCUUCGCUCUGGACUUCUGUUUGUAAAGAUGAUACUUUAAUGAGAGAUCUCCUUAGCGUUUGGCUGCGCUGUGAAUACUCCUUCGCAUCUGCUUUCCAAAAGGAUUAUUUCCUGCAAGACAUGAUAGCGCUUAGAGAGGACUUUUGCUCCGAGUUGCUGGUCAACGCUGUACUCGCCUACUGCUGUGUCUGUUAUACAGCGUUACCAGACCGCGCUGAGUAUUGGAAUCCCAAGACUCUCACCUACCGUUUCAUGGCUGAAGCAAAGCGUCUCUGGGAACUAGAGGCUCUGGAACCGCGUAUCACAACUAUCCACGCUGGUAUCAUGUUCGAGGUAUUCCACAACCUUUCUGGCUUAGAUGAGAUAGGCCAAGUCUAUCGGAUUAGUUAUGUUUCUAUGGCAAACCGACUGAACCUUUUCGAUACUCCUAUUCCAGGCUCAUCUGAAAUAACACGCAAGGGCAAUGUCUUUACAGCUUGGGCACUCUUUAAAUGGGAUACGCUUGUGAGCUUUGCCCUACAGCAAGCUCCCCUCCUGACAAAGCCUCCUCUUGAGCCUCUGCCGGACCCUGAAACCGAUUCCCAAUGGUAUGGUGAGAUAUGGGUGAAAUACCCACAAAACGCACACCUUACCCCGUCACUCUUCGGUCAUCUAUUCAAGGCAAAGAGUGAGCUGCGAAUUAUUAUGCACAGAUUCUGUACCAUGUCGUACACAAGAGGCUCGAGAGUACGGGUCAAAGAGGCCUACGAGCUCUACACACAGCUCAAGAAGUGGCAAGCUGGUUUACCUGAUUGUCUUCAACCAAAAAGCAUUGUUUUCCCUGCUCAAUUGCAGCUGCAUGGUUAUCUACACCACCUUAUUCUCGCCAUUAUGGAGCCCCUGGACAAUGCUGAGAUUGCCGUGGCGCUGGAUCAAGAGCCGAAUGCCAAAGAUAUCAUAGCUGAAGCUAGAAGAAAUGCGCAAACCAUCCUGCGUCUCUACUAUAUCCGCCAUGGUUUCGAGACAAUGGACUCAUUUGUUAUGGUACCACUCUCAUCCAUUUGCUUCAGGUGCCUCGACAGAAUUACCGACCAGACUCCACACGCCGACCUAGAAGUUAUGCGUUCAAGCCUGAUGCUGGUGGUCUAUGGCCUGUACCAACAGCAUCGCAAUCACUACCUGUCAAAAGCCUUAUAUCGAGUAGUGCGAGCCCGGAUGCGACCGCAAGAGCUGGACCUUGUCAAAGAGACGCUGGAGCUGGAAGAGGAGAAUGCGGAGCAGUUGGGUUUACAGCAAGCCGUGCGGAGCUCUUGGCCUGUUAUUUUUGUGAAGCGAAGGGAGGAUUUAGCUGCACAUUUUCUAAAAAACGUCGUGGGAGAGCUCAAGGUCAAUGAGAUGUCUCUUAACACUUGA